AUGCAGAAUAUAUACGGACCAACAACGCCAGCGGUUGUGGCAGGCCAGGAAUAUCCGAUGGGGAUGCAGUAUGCGCCGGAGCGCCAGCCUUACGGGUUGGGGCUGAUGUCUGCGGCGCGCCCAACGUGCGUCACGCCGGCGCCAGCGUAUCAAGGGCCUGUGCCGCUCGCCCAGCGCACCCCCUCUUUGCUGUACACCAACGUGCAGCAGUACCAUGCGCUAAUGUCGCAGCCGCCUGCGCCAAUGCCAGCGCCAGCGCCUUACUACACGUCGCCUGCAUACAGUAUGGUUCCUGGAUGGGGUACGCCGGUUCCUGCGCCAGCGCCACCUGCGCAAAUGACGCCUUCGCCGGUCCAGCGUCCGCGCUCGGUUGCGCUGGGGGUGCCGCUGGUUGGCGAAUACUCAUACCAGUCGCCCACCUCCUACUACUACUCGCAGGCGCCUGCGCUAGCACCAGGACCUGCGCCAGCGCCCAUCCCGCAGGCAGUGCGCACACAGAGCCUCCCACCAAUCAAGCUGUUUUCCGAUUACCAGGCGCCCGCAUCACAAAAUUCAUCGCGCGUGCCUUCGCCGAUGAUCCCGCUAAGAAUGCGGCCGCAGCAGCACCAGGCGGAUGGCGCAAAAAAUGCGCCCGAGUUCGUGCACAAGGGUUCAAGGAAGAGAUACCAUUCUUCCGACGGAUACAACAAGCGCAAUUCUUCGAUUGCAGGAACAAUCUACAAUUCUACCGCUGUGUAUAAGCGGCUCAAACCAUGCACGUCGUCGGGCGCGCCAGCGCAGGAAAGUGCGGCGCAGACCGGCUUGCGCCCACAGGGCCGCCCCUUCUCCUCCAACAUCACGGGCCGCUUUCUUGUCCACCAUGAUCUUUUCUCCUUGUUUAGGUACAUGAAUAAGAAAAAUUUGCAGGUUCUCGCCUGCUACGACAUGCGCGAGUUAGCACAGGGUUGCGCGCAGGCGCCAAAACCCGACAAGGACGACGAAAAGAAGAUAGAGGCCAAAAACGAGAAGUGCGAAAACGAGCGCAUCGAUAAGAACCUGAUAAGCCCAAGAUCGUCGCGCAGUUCCGCAUCGAUUUUCUCUGCGGAUUGCGCAUCCAGUAUCAGCUCGCACGCUAGCGCCGGCGGCGCGCAAGACGCGCUUGCCUUGGCCUGCAAGUUUGAAGAUAUACAUCUGGGGCCAUUUGAGAGCGCAGUGGACUUUGUUCCAAUUCUGGAUAGUUUCUUCUCGCAGAAGCAUUGUUCGCUCCGGGUGUUAAACAAUGGCGCCAGUGGCACGAAGCCGGACCGUGCGCGCACACCGCCAAAGCAGCGCACCAUCUUGUACAAGCCGUCCGCAGGUGUGGGUGCGAGCGCAGGCACAGGUGCAGAUGCGGAUGCAGACUCGGACACGGAGCACGCUGCGCAGGGAUCGCGCAGGGGGUCCGCAUGCUCCGAAAAGGGCAACCAUCCCGAGGGUGCCUGCGAGCACUCCCCGCACACGUUGAAGUUCAUCCUCAACAAUUCGGAGGCCAGAAAGGUGGCAGACAAGGAUGUGUCGGAGGCGGAGCAGAAGCCAGGUCCAAACCAGGAAAAACGCCGCAGGGUGUCGACAAACUUUCACGAGCAGAUCGUCAAGGCUUUUGGAAUCGAAGAGUAUCAGUUCAUUAAAGCCAUCAGAGACAGUAAUGGGCAUGUUCUAAAGCUGGAAUCGAUCAGGCCACCAAGAAACAGCACUGGCGAGAUUGAGUACACCGCCGAAUGGGUGAAGAAAACAAUAUGCUACCCACGCUACAAGGGAGGCAUGAAGAUUCAUCUCACGAGUGCUUCGCAGAGCUUUGUUCUCUACAGCGAUAUGAAAAUGCUUCUUUGGGAUGUUACCCAGGAGGAUAAGUUGCUUGGUGUUUCGACCUGCGUGAGCGCAUCGCCUGCUUCAACACUUACGAGUGGCUUACCUCCUUUGGGCCGUGAGACCAAGGAGCGGUUGUUUGGAGGCCGUUUGGUUUUCGUGAAAACCGAUGGUUCGUGA